ACAUGUUCCCUGGGCCUAUCUCGGAAGGGGCCACGAUGACCCUGCAAUGCACCAAGUCAGCGGGACACUGGAAGAUGGUGGUGUGGGAUGAGGACGGCUUCCAGGGCCGGCGGCACGAGUUCACGGCUGAGUGCCCCAGUGUGCUGGAGCUUGGCUUCGAGACUGUGCGAUCUUUGAAAGUGCUGAGUGGAGCGUGGGUGGGCUUCGAGCAUGCUGGCUUCCAAGGGCAGCAGUACGUUCUGGAACGGGGCGAAUACCCGAGCUGGGAUGCCUGGGGUGGCAACACGGCCUACCCCUCUGAGAGGCUCACCUCCUUCCGGCCUGUGGCCUGUGCUAACCACCGUGACUCGAGGCUGACAAUCUUUGAGCAAGAGAACUUCCUGGGCAAGAAAGGAGAGCUGAGCGAUGACUACCCUUCCCUCCAGGCUAUGGGAUGGGAAGGCAAUGAAGUAGGGUCCUUCCACGUCCACUCUGGGGCUUGGGUUUGCUCCCAGUUUCCGGGCUACCGAGGAUUUCAGUAUGUGCUGGAAAGCGAUCACCAUUCCGGUGACUACAAGCAUUUCCGGGAGUGGGGCUCUCACGCCCAGACCUUCCAGGUGCAGAGCAUCCGCAGGAUUCAGCAGUGAGCAGGGGCGCAGCACGGAGGAGCGCAUGCGUGCUUGUCUGCAAUGGAGCGCUCUGGAGGCUGUGGCGUGCUCUCUCCUUCUGCCUCGCCCUGUAACCCGUGUGAACCCAGCACCCAUGUGAACCGGUCCAUGCACACAGUCAGCACAAAAAACUCAAACGAAUAAAAAAAUAGAAAAGUCCAGUAUUA